AACUUAUUUUUUCUCUUGAACUGCUCAAUUACAUUAUAACACAUUAAAUAAAUGGUCAGUACCACGCCAUUUAGUUCUGUCCUUCAUCAGCUACUGGCAACGAGUAAGCCUAGCUCCAAGGGAAAAGGCAAAGCCAAAUCUCAACCUACUGAUUUCGUAUCCUCCUCCACACCUGUAAAUAGCAAGAAUUGGAGUGAAACAGUAGAGGCUUUUGUCGAUCUUGUCGAGAAAUACGAAAAGAAUCAUGUUGCGACAGAAGGUGUCACCGAGAUUACUUUUGGAAGUGACAUUGAAUUUCACGCCCCCGAUAAACCAUUUAUCAAUUUAGCAGAAGAAGAAGAAGAAGAAGAAGAAGAAGAAGAAAUAGUUACGCCUGCCGUCCAAAAACAAGCAGUGGAAACUAUAACUCACGCUAGUAAAAACAACGCAGCUGUAUAUGAUCGUAAUUGGCUUUUACAACAAGCUAGUAAAUAUAUUUCAGAAAACCCAGACUUGGGAUUAAAUGCACAUCAAUUGUGUGCAGAUGUAUUUACCGUAAUUCGAUCCGGAGACAGCGACGAAAGUAUCCAAGCAUCCCUCGUUGAACUGUUAGGAUAUCAAGCAUUUGAUUUCAUAUCCGACUUGAUAUUGAACCGUUCCACCAUUGUACAUAAUAUCAUUCGAAUGUCUGACUAUGACGAACAGCAACCUAAAGGAAAAACCUCCGCUCCUAUCGAACCCCGUCGUCCUGCCUAUGGUCCUCAAUUCACUGUUCAAUCAGAAAAGGAAAUACGAGAGGAAAAGAGACAGAGAAAAGAGCAAAAGAAAGCCUUGAAGGCUAAUAACAGAGUUGAAGAUGAUGCGAACUCGGUCUCUAUGAGUAUUUUGGGAUUUGAUGGAGAGGCGUUGAGACAAGCCAGAGAGGAUGCACUUAUUAGCGCCAGUGAAACACCUUUAUUCAGUUCCAACUACAAGACUAAAGCAGCUGUCAAUUAUCCCCAUGUGUAUCAAGCAAGUCAGCAAGGAGGCACUUUAUCAUUAUUUGGCACACGUUACGCAUUACCCGCUGGUACUGUACGCGAAGAAUUCAACGAUUAUGAAGAAACCAUCAUUCCUGUACCUAAGAAAGCACCUAUUCGUUUUGGCGAGAAACUCAUUGACAUCAAUGAACUUGAUAGUUUAUCUAGAGGCGCAUUUAAAGCUUACGAAACUCUUAACAGAGUUCAAUCCAUUGUAUAUCCUGUAGCCUACGAAACGAACGAGAACAUGCUUGUUUGUGCUCCCACUGGUGCGGGUAAAACUGAUGUUGCUAUGUUAACUGUGCUUCGUUGUAUUGCCCAGCAUUGUUCCCCUCCCCCUAGAAAAGGCACUACAGAAAUCGAUUUCACCAUUGCCAAAAACGAUUUUAAAAUCAUUUACGUUGCUCCUAUGAAAGCGCUUGCUGCUGAAAUUGUUGAAAAGAUGGGAAAGAGAUUAAAGUUCUUAGGUGUCAGUGUGCGCGAAUUAACGGGUGAUAUGCAAUUGACGAAGGCCGAAAUUAGCUCCACCCAAUUUAUUGUAACAACGCCCGAGAAGUGGGAUGUAAUCACUAGAAAAGGUACUGGUGAUGUGGAGCUGACUCAGAAAGUCAAAUUGUUGAUUAUUGAUGAAGUUCAUCUUUUACACGAAGAUCGUGGUGCUGUCAUCGAAAGUAUCAUUGCUCGAACACUUCGUCAAGUCGAAUCCAGUCAAUCUUUGAUUCGUAUUGUUGGUCUUUCCGCCACACUUCCUAAUUAUCUUGAUGUCGCUGCCUUCUUAAGGGUGAAUCCAUAUCAAGGUUUAUUCUACUUUGAUAACGGCUUCAGACCCGUUCCUUUAGAGCAGCAUUUCUUGGGUAUCAAGGGAAAACCAAAUACGCUUCCAUCUAACGAAAGAAUGAACCGUGCUUGUUUCGACAAAGUUUCCGAGCUCGUGAAAGAUGGCCAUCAAGUCAUGGUUUUUGUUCAUGCACGAAAAGAAACUGUAAAAACUGCCCAAAUGCUACGAGAGGAAGUAGCCACUGAAUCCCUUGGAGAUUAUUUCGACUGCUCAGAAUCAUCCAAGUAUACUCAGUUUAAGAGAGAUAUAGCAAAGUCUCGAAACAAGGAAAUGAAAGAACUAUUUCAAUAUGGUUUUGGUAUUCAUCAUGCUGGUAUGCUUAGAUCCGAUCGUACCAUGACCGAAAGGAUGUUCCAAGAAGGUGCCCUUAAAGUUCUUUGCUGUACCGCAACACUUGCCUGGGGUGUUAAUUUGCCUGCUUAUGCCGUUGUUAUCAAGGGUACUCAAGUGUAUGAUUCUACCAAGGGUAGCUAUAUCGAUUUAUCUAUUCUGGAUGUCCUCCAAAUUUUCGGUCGUGCUGGUCGUCCUCAGUAUGAAACGCAUGGUGUAGGCUAUAUCUUGACUACACACGAUCGAUUGUCGCAUUAUAUCUCAGCCAUCACUCAACAACAUCCUAUCGAAUCUAAAUUUAUUGAGAACAUUGUCGAUAACCUCAACGCCGAAAUUUCUUUAGGUACGGUCACCAAUGUGGAUGAAGCGGUUACGUGGCUUAGUUACACUUACUUGUAUGUGCGUAUGAAGAAAAACCCCAUGAUUUAUGGUAUGGAUAACAGUGAACCUCUUAAUGAUCCUUUACUGGGUCGUAAACGCCAUGAAAUUAUCACGAUGGCCGCUCGUAAAUUAGCGAAAUGUCAAAUGAUUGUUUUUGAUGAAAAUACGGGAUAUUUGAUUCCCAAAGAUCUCGGUCGUAUCUCUUCCAACUUUUAUAUCAAGCAUACCAGUAUCGAAAUUUUCAACACCAUGAUGAAACCUCGUAUGACUGAAGCAGAUGUUCUGUCCAUGAUGAGUAUGAGUUCGGAAUUUGAUCAGAUUAAAUCUCGAGACACUGAACAUCAAGAGUUGAAGAAACUUUUGGAAAACUCUUGUGCGUGUGAUAUCAGGGGUGGCACAGAAGAUACUCACGGCAAGGUCAACAUUUUACUGCAAUCCUAUGUCUCUAACGCAUAUAUCGAAGAUUUCGCACUUGUUUCCGAUUGUGCGUAUGUUGCUCAGAACUCGAGUCGUAUUGCUCGUGCAUUGUUUGAGAUCGCCUUAAACAGAAACUGGGGUCCUACAGCCUCCGUAUUGUUACAGAUCAAUAAGGCUGUUGAUAAACGCAUGUGGACUUUCCAACAUCCUUUGCGUCAAAUGGGAUUACCUCAUGAUAUCAUUGGCAAAAUUGAAAACCGUACACACGAAGUGUCUAUUGAAGAAAUGCGUGAUAUGGAUCCGAAUGAAUUAGGCGAACUUGUCCACCAUAAACGUAUGGGAAUGACUAUUUCUAAAUGUGUAGAUGAGUUUCCUAUGCUUAUCCUGGAUGCGCGCAUCGCACCUAUUACUCGUAACGUCUUAAAUGUGGAGCUUACUAUCACGCCCGAUUUUGUUUGGAACGACCGUAUUCAUGGUAGUGUUGAACCUUGGUAUAUUUGGGCAGAAGACUCUGAUAAUGUCGAGAUUUAUUACACGGAAUAUUUCUUACUUUACAAGAAACAGUUUGGUGAACCAGUCAAGAUUCAAUUUACUGUCCCUUUGGUUGAACCUCUUCCUUCACAAAUUUACGUUCGUGCUGUCUCGGAUCGUUGGUUAGGCGCUGAGACUAUCCUUCCCAUCUCUUUCCAACAUUUGAUUUUACCCGAACUCUACCCUCCUCAUACGGACUUACUUGAUUUGCAACCACUUCCUAUCACAGCUCUCAAGAAUGAAGUACUGGAAAACAUUUGCGCAAAGAGAUUUACUCAUUUCAAUCCUGUACAAACUCAAAUUUUCCACACCUUAUAUAACACUGAUAGUAACGCUCUUGUGGGUGCUCCUACAGGUUCCGGUAAGACUGUAGCCGCUGAAUUAGUUAUGUGGGCUGCCUUCAGAGAUCGUCCUGGAUCCAAGGUAGUUUAUAUUGCUCCUAUGAAGGCCCUUGUGAAAGAAAGAGUCGGUGAUUGGGGUAAGCGUUUAACUGGUCCGAUGAACAAGAAGCUUGUGGAAUUAACAGGUGAUGUGACCCCGGAUCUCAAGACAAUUGAAGCUGCCGAUAUUAUUAUCACUACACCUGAAAAAUGGGAUGGUAUCAGUCGUAGUUGGCAAAAGCGUAGUUAUGUCCGCAAUGUAUCUUGUGUUAUUAUCGAUGAAAUUCAUUUGCUUGGUGGUGAUCGUGGUCCCAUUCUUGAAGUAAUUGUUUCGCGUAUGAACUACAUUGGUUCUCAAUUGGAGAAGAAGGUGCGUAUUGUAGGCCUGUCUACUGCGCUUGCCAAUGCCAUCGAUUUAGGAAACUGGCUGGGUAUUGAUAAGGUUGGACUUUUCAAUUUCAGACAUUCUGUUCGUCCUGUACCUUUGGAGAUUUAUAUUGAUGGCUUCCCUGGAAAACAUUAUUGCCCCCGUAUGGCUACCAUGAACAAACCUACUUAUGCUGCUAUUAAGACACAUUCACCUACACAACCUGUGAUUGUGUUUGUUUCUUCCCGUCGUCAGACACGUUUAACUGCUCAAGAUUUGAUUGCGUAUUGUGGUAUGGAAGACAACCCUCGUCAAUGGCUUCAUAUGGAUGAUAUGGAGAUGGAAAUGAUUUUGGAUAGCGUGCAGGAUGAAUCGCUCCGUAUGUCACUGGCAUUUGGUAUUGGUCUUCAUCAUGCAGGUUUGAAGGAAAGUGAUCGAAAAGUAGUUGAAGAACUCUUUUUGAACAUGAAGAUCCAAAUCUUAAUCGCUACUAGUACUUUGGCUUGGGGUGUCAAUUUGCCUGCUCAUUUGGUCGUUAUUAAGGGUACCGAAUUUUAUAACUACAAGGAGCGUCGUUAUGUGGAUUUCCCCAUCACGGAUAUUCUUCAAAUGAUGGGUCGUGCCGGUCGUCCUCAAUUUGAUAACACGGGUAUCUCUCGUGUCUUUGUACAAGACAGUAAGAAGAACUUUUUCAAAAAGUUUUUGCACGAGCCUUUUCCUGUGGAGUCUAGUCUUCACAAGUUUUUGGAUGAUCAUAUCAACGCCGAAAUUGUCGGUGGCACCAUCAAGUCGAAGCAGGAUGCACUUGAUUAUUUGACUUGGACUUACUUCUAUAGACGUUUGCAACAAAAUCCUACCUAUUAUGGAUUGGAUGAUAUGACACAAAAGGGUGUCGAUACGUUUUUGUCAAACACGAUUAAUGAUGUUACAGCGCGACUUGCCGAUGCUGGGUGCGUGGAAGUUGUGGAUGAUUUUGAAUUGGUUCCUUUGAUUUCCGCUCGCAUCGCUUCUUAUUACUAUCUUCAUCCUCAAACCGUGCGUCAUUUCAGAGAUCAUGUACACAAGGCUUCUGGUUUGGACGACAUUCUUGAUAUCUUGGGUAAUGUUCCUGAAUACGAAGAACUUCCUGCUCGUUGUCAAGAAGAUCUUUUGAAUCAAGAAAUUGAGAAAUUUAUUCCUUAUGAUGUCAAGGGCACCCCCAACUUUAUCAGUCCUCAUGUCAAGGCCUAUGUUCUGGUCCAGGCUCACAUCAGUCGUCUCGCAUUACCUAGUUCUGAUUAUAUCACGGAUCAAAUCACCGUUUUGGAUUCGGCCAUUCGUUUCUCACAAGCAAUGAUCGACGUGGCUGCAGAUAGUGGCUUUUUAAACACGAGUUUGACCAUCAUGAAUAUGCUUCAAUGUAUCAAACAGGCGCGUUGGCACGAUGAGUCUCCUCUUUUGACGUUGCCACAUAUUCAACAGAAAAUGCUUCAUCAUAUCCGUCACAAGGGAAAACCCGUAAAGUCAUUAGCUGAACUUACGAGGCUCUCGGAUACCCAAAUCAAGCAAAUAUUCUCUAACGUCAACGACUUAGACGAAAGGAAUGUGGACGAGAUUCGACGUGUGGUUAGUCGACUUCCCAAUAUCAAUGUGAAAGCAGAAAUUGAAACAAAAAAGACAUAUUUGAUUCCAGAAACCACAUAUAAAAUCUCGGUGCAAUUGAACCGAAUCACUCCCCGUGACAGCAAGAAAAAACCUCACGAUGGAAGAAUCUUUUCCCCUCGAUUCCCCAAACCCCAAUAUGAAUCUUGGUGGCUGGUUUUGGGUGACACGAAUAAUGAUGAAUUGUUAGGUUUGAAGCGUGUCAGUAUGCGUAAUGGUCCCAAUGAAACUUUAGGACAUAGAAUUAGCUCAAGUAUUUCUUUUGAUACUCCUGCUCAUAUCGGCAAACAUAGAUAUACUCUGUAUCUUGUCAGCGAUGGCUAUCUUGGUUUGAACCAAGAAAUUGAAAUGCCAUUCGAAACAAGAAUGGAUUUAGACUCCUAAGUCGUGUGCACCCACUUGUAAGUGCCUAUUUAAAUAUUUAAAUAAGCCUGAAGCUCGUUAAAAUAGUAGAGUGCAUAUAUAUAAUAAAUUGUCACACAUACGUGUAUUAAAU